AUGGCACGUCGUUACGAUUCGAGGACUACGAUUUUCUCUCCCGAAGGCCGUUUAUAUCAGGUCGAAUAUGCGAUGGAAGCAAUUUCACAUGCGGGUACCUGCCUCGGAAUUCUGGCCUCGGACGGGAUCCUCAUUGCUGCUGAAAAACGAAAUGUGCAUAAACUUCUAGAUGAUUCCGUGUUAGCCGAGAAAAUCUAUCGCCUCAGCGACAACAUUGCUUGUACGGUGGCCGGGAUUACGGCAGAUGCCAAUAUUUUGAUCAAUCAUUUGCGCUUUUGGGCCGCUGAUUACAAGCUUGGUUAUGGCGAAGACAUCCCGGUUGAGCAACUUGUCCGAAAUCUUUGCAACGAGAAACAACGCUAUACCCAAGUUGGAGGCAAGCGUCCUUUCGGUGUUUCGCUUCUUUACAUGGGAUGGGACAAACAUUACGGAUUUCAACUUUAUCAAUCUGAUCCUUCUGGAAAUUAUACUGGAUGGAAAGCCACUUGCAUCGGAAAUAAUCAUCAGUCGGCCGUUUCAUUGUUGAAGCAAGAGUACAAGAAUCCAACGCUCGCCGAAGCUAAACAACUUGCGAUGAAAGUUUUGUGGAAGACGUUGGACGUGAAGCUGGCUCCAGAAAAAAUUGAGAUGGCGGUGUUGGUCCGGAAAGAUGGAAAAUCGGUGGUCGAGGAGCUUUCGCAUGCUGAAAUGGCGUUCUUUCGAAAAGUAGGAGGCACGUUGAAAGGGUAUUGCAUAAACGUCUACAAUGAUUACAGAACCGUGACAAUUGACGCGUUAAAAGAGGCAAAGAAUAAACCAUUGAAAACGACGAUAAUUCUCAGUGGUUUGGGAGGGCUAACUUAUCUCUAUCAGAUGAAUCCAACCGAGUUGGAGUUCAAAAACGAGCUUGUGGAAAAACGACAUCUGAUGACUUUAACACCAAGCCCUAUACACAGCCCACAAGCCGAUAACGCCCUUAUUGAUCGAACCCGACUACUUAAUCAAAACAGAUUGCAUUAUUAUAAUCUCUGGCUUUUUUCAUUGAUAAUAAAGGGGCCACAUGAUGAUAAAGUCAGAGCAUAUUCCAGCCAGGAUAAGAAUCUCAGGUUAUGGUAUCCGAACGAGCUUCUUCAAAAUAUUUAUGAUGUUGUGAUGGGUGGCUUGUCGAAGGAUGAGCUCAAUUUUCAACGGUUACUUGAUCGAACAAAAAAGCUUUCGCGGAAGGAGCUUGCUUCAAAUAUUUGGAAGAUAACUUCUGGUUGCACAUAUUUGGAUCAGUUGUUAGAACGAUUACAAAAAGAAAGCUCUUUGGACAAAGACGUUUUAAUACAAUAUGGACGGGAAGUACAUCAACUUAAAUUGCUUGUAGAGGCUGAGCAACAAAAACGAACUGAGGAUAAACUUCGGGUGUUGGACAAAAUCCCCAAUCGUUUUGAUGAGGUCAUCCCAACAAGUCAAAAUGGUGAUGAAUCAAAAUCGAAAGAAGAUCCGGAAAUUUUCGAGUCCGCGGCUGAGAUAAGGGUGCGGAAUCGAGCAGUUUAUCGAGCCGAUUUACGAAGAGAGCUUUUAGAGUCAAGUAGAAGAGGAAAUGAGCACGACCUAACAAUGAGUCAACACACGGAAAAUCAAGAGAACCUGGCCCAAGAUCUUCUCACUCUCACACGGACACUCAAGCAGAAUAUGACACUUGCCGGGAAUGUGAUCAAAGAUGACACAAAGCGUCUCUCAACGAUGAAUCUGCAAGUAGACGCAAAUCGGGAAAACCUGGCCGUUGAAAGCGCCCGACUUGAGAAGCACGCUUAUCGGUGGUGUGGAUUCGACUGUUGCAUUCUGUUUAUCUUUAUUUUUCUCUUCUCGAGCUUUAUUUUCAUGGUAAUGUUCAUGAAGUUUUUCCAUAAGCCAGUAACAAGG